UUUUCAGGGUAGUUUUAAAAGGAUCCAAACACACCCUAAUCGAUAGAGAGAGAAAGCGCUUGAGAGCUCCUCGCAUGGCGACCAUGGCUAUGGUGAAUCCCUCGGAGCGCUCAGGUUUGAACCCGCGGCGAUCUCUCGUUCUUCUUCGCCUUUCUCCUUCUCCGCACAAGUCGCCAAAUUUAGGGUUUGAAAUUCGAAUGCCCCGAAGUUGCAGAGUUAGAAUUUUUUCUGGAAUCGAUUCUUGCUCUUUAACUUCUACGGAUUUGCAAAUCGGGGCCACACUGUCUCGUAUCCAAGGAGAUGUUGGAAAACUAUGGUUUUGGAUUUAUGUUUUAUCUCAUUUUGAUCAUCUUCUUCGUCUUCGCCCUACGCAUUUCCCAGAAGAAGGUCCAAACUUAGGGUUUUUGGAAUUAUGUUUCGUUUCUACCUAGAGAAAGUUGCAAGAUUAGGUUUUUUGAUCGAUGUUUCGUCUGAUUUUGGUGAUCUUCUUCUUAUCCGCAUUUCCUACAUCCAGAAGAAGGUUAAAGCCAAGGGUUUUGGGAAUUAUGUUUCGUUUCUACCUAGACGAAGUUGCAAGAUUCGGGUUUUGGAUCUAUAGUUUUGGUGAUCUUCUUCGUAACUGCCUUUUCUACAUCCCAGAAGAAGCUUGAAGCCAAGGGUUUCGUCUUUACCGAGAGGAUGUUGGAACGUUAGGGUUUUGAUUUUUUUUUUUAUUUCGUCUGAUUUUGAUGAUCUUCUUCGCGUACGCCCUGUCUACAACCUGGAAGAAGGCUCAAGAUGAGGGUUUUGGAUCAUAUGUUUCGGCUGAUUCUGAUGGUCGUCUUCUUUUAUUAUUCGGAUGGAUCUAUAGAAGCUAAGCGCUACGGAUUCAAGAAAAGCGCCUGAGGGACGGUACCGUUGACUAAUGGUUCCAGCACCAUCAAGGUCUGCUUCUACUGGAAGGCCGGGCGCUGCACCCGCCACCCGUGCCCUUUCCUUCACGGAGUGCCCCAGCAUCCAAAUGUCGGGUCUAUGCGGAAGCACUCUGUCGGGCCUGAUCAUUUGGUGCCUCCUGUCGAGAAGAGCCACCAGGGUACGGGCCGUGUCUGGAGAAACCCUAGUGCAGGCCCUAAACCCUCUGCCCCCUCCCCGAAAAGAGUCUGCAUGAUGAAGUGCCCCGCUGUGGCCGUGGAUCGUUCUGUUUCUACUCCGAAGGUAGCCUGCGAUAGGAAUGUAGAAGUAAAUGGGAAGACCUGUACUGUGGCCACCAGAAAGGGUGGUUCUGGGGAAAUAAAACCUAAUGCCAACAGUAAACCAAACGUCCCUUCUUCAAAAGGAAUCUGCAAGAUAAAUCAACAAUGCAAUGCGAAGCCCCAAGCUGUGCCCCUGAAUCACUAUGGUUGUUCUGUGGAGGAUGUCUGUGAUAGCAACCUUGGGAGCAAUGCAAAGGCCCCCGCUGUGGCUACCAAUAAGGAUUCUAAGGAAAUUAAUGAGGGAGAAGCUCGUCUAUGUGGCAACACUAGAGAAGUGAUCUGCAAAAACUUCAUCUCUGGGAAUUGUAGCAAUGGUGAGAGUUGCCGGGACAAACAUUCUUGGUGUAUUAGUGAUAGCUUCUCCUUGUUGGCCUGUCUUGGGGGACACAGCAAGGCUGUUACAGGUAUUACAAUGGUGUCUGGGUAUGGGAAGCUGUUUUCUGGGAGCAACGACAAGACUGUCAAAAUCUGGGACUGUUGGACAAGACAGUGUGUCCAAGUUGUUACCAUGGAAGGUGAAGUCGGUUGCAUCAUCAGUGAGGGGCGGGUUCUUGUUGGGGUCCCUAAUGCUUUUAAGGCUUGGAACUUGCAAGCAUCCAUUGAUGUAACCCUUGAAGGACCCAAGGGUCAGGUCUAUGCCUUGAUAGUAGGCAACAACACACUCUUUGCUGGGACAGAGGAUGGAAGUAUUUGGGCUUGGAAGCCUAAUCAGAUAAGUGGCUUUAAGCCAGCUGCCACACUUCGUGGGCAUAAAAAAGCUGUAUUCUCAUUCAUUGUAGGAGCACACCGGCUCUACUCUGGUUCAAUGGACUGUACAAUUAGGGUUUGGGACCUUGCAACUUUCCAGUGCACGCACACCCUUACAGGCCAUGAAUCGGUUGUUAUGUCACUGUUAUGCUGGGAUCAGUUUCUGUUCUCUUGUUCCUUGGAUGGAACGGUGAAGGUCUGGGCAGCUACAGAAAAAAAUGGGAUAGAAGUAGAGUAUACCCACAAGGAAGAGCAUGGAGUGCUUGUGCUGCACGGAAUGAAUGAUGCUAAAGCCAGUCCGGUGCUCAUGUGCUCAUGCAACGACAAUGUUGUGCGUGUCUACGACCUACCAUCAUUCAAUGAAAGAGGGAGGAUUUUUUCCAAGGAGGAAGUGAGGAUUUUAGAGAUCGGCCCUGGUGGUCUCUUUUUUACUGGAGAUGGAGCCGGCGAGCUGAAAGUUUGGAAGUUGUACUCUAAUUGAAUGGCAGCUGGUUGACUUGAUCAGAAUACUACUCGUUCUUUACAUAUUUUAGCAUGCUAAUGUCCUAUAUAAAUUACAAAAACAGUUUUGGUUCACGAUAAAAGUGUGAUGCUCAUUCCCUUCCGAGAUUUGAGCAAUUCUUUUGUAUAUAGGCAUAUUAUUUUUAUUAUAACGAAAUAAAAAGUGCUUUUUUGGCAACUUGUGCCGA